AACCCCGCCGUGGCAGAGCAGGUUUAAGAGCAAUAAUAUCGCCAAUUCAGCUUGGUCUUGGUUGAGUCAUUUCAUUCUGCCUUUGUAUCUGCACAACAUUUUCCCUCUGAGAAGAUGCCUUCUCGACAACAAUUGACCCUCGCAUUAACAUUUUUUCUUGCUUCAACCCAAGCAUGGCCAGCAUACCCAUUCACUAAGCGGCAGUCCUCCGACAGCCCAGCGGCACAAUCUUCGGACUCCACAUUCAAAGAAGAAUAUGAUUUUGUCAUCGCCGGAGGUGGCACCGCCGGCCUGACACUGGCCAAUCGACUGACAGAAUCGGGAAGAUUCUCCGUGCUCGUUCUGGAAGCUGGUUUCAAUCCCGAAGUAGUCGAGGCCUACGCUACUCCAGGUGGAAAUCAAUUCCUAAAGGGAAGCGCAGUCGACUGGGGUUUCGUCACGACACCACAAGAACACCUUGGCGGUCGUACUCUACAGUAUUUGCGUGGAAAAGCGCUUGGAGGCUCAAGCGUUACCAACGGGCUGUAUUACGCCCGCGGAUCUGCCGAGGUGUAUGACCGCUGGGUUGAGCUGGGGAACCCUGGAUGGGGCUGGGAGGACAUAUACCCAUUGUUCCGCAAAUCCACGAAAAUCAACCCGCCGAACUUGGGUCAGCUCUCUGAAUUCAGCCAAGAAUACAAGACCUGGGACGAGUCUGCAUACGGUGGUGGGCCUUUGGAGUUGGGUUUCCAAGGAUACGUGACAGAUUCCACCAACGACUUUGUCGUCGCCUGCUCGGAAGCAGCUGAUAUUCCAAUUGUCGAUGAUCUCAACCUUGGUGUUGGCCAAGGUGUCAAACUAGGCACCACAACCACGAACUCAGUUCUCCGGAGGUCAUCUAGUUAUGACAGCUUCUACCAACAAGCGCGGAAUCGCACCAAUCUGCGUGUGCUAUACAAUGCGCCAGUAACUGGAAUUGCAUUCAGCAGUGUUGAAGGCGGAAACACAACCUACGGCAACGCUACAAGACCAAGAGCCCUCGGAGUGAGCUACAUCGAACAGUCCGCAGGAUUCGUGAGGCAAGCACGGGCCCGAAAGGAGGUGAUCGUCAGUAUGGGUGCGUUCCACACACCUCAACUUUUGAUGGUCUCUGGUAUCGGGCCGUCUGCAGAGUUGGAGAAGGUCGGAGUAUCGCCAGUGCAUAUCAACGAGAACGUAGGCCAGCACCUGGACGACCAUUCGGUAUUUUCGAUAAUGGCUCGUGCCCAAACCAAUGCUUCGACGACAAGCAUGUCCUCCAGCCCGGACAACCUCCAGGCUGCCCAGACAGAGUUUUUCACCAACUUGACGGGUCCAUACACAGCACCCUCGGGUGUCACCAACGGCUUCAAGAAACUUUCGGUCGAGGAGCUCCAAUCCAUCGGGGCUCAGGCUGUGAUAGACGCCGGAUUGGCAAAUCAGUCACACAUCGAGUUUCUCUUCGAGACAGUCUGGUAUCCUUGGAUCCCGACGCCCUACUACACAGCGCUGCCGAACGAGUCAUACAUCAGUGUAACCGCAAGUUCGAUGGUGCAGCUGAGCCGCGGCAACAUCACGCUCCGGUCGAACUCGAUGAGCGAUGCGCCAUUGAUAAACCCCAACUAUUACGCCGACGAGACGGACGGCAUCAUGGGAGUUCACUCUUUCCGCUACCUCCGUGAUAUACUCCGUCAUCCAUCUCUUUCCCAGUAUACCAUCGGAGACAACGCCGGCGAAGUUUCACCAGGCCCGGAAGUUGCUGAUGAUGACGAUGACGCGAUUCUGCAGUACAUCAAGAACAACACGAUGCCGAAUUGGCAUGCUUCGGGCACAGCGCGUAUGCGCCCGGAAGCAGAUGGUGGUGUUGUCGACUCUCGUCUGAAGGUAUACGGUGUCGAUGGACUUCGUGUGAUUGACUGCUCGAUCAUCCCGGUGCUGCCCGAUGCGAAUAUUCUCGCAUCGGUCUAUAUGGUGGCAGAGAAGGGCGCAGAGUUGAUCAAGGAGGACUGGGAAGAUGUAGGGUACGAGCGAAGGAUGAAGCGGAGCGCUUGAGCAACCAUAUGCAUCGCAAAGUACCAAGCCCUGGUAGAAGGGGAGCACUUAAUGUAUGCAGUGUCCGAUUGUUUUUUUAUUGCC